CUCUGUACACGCCCGCCAGCGGCCUUCGAACACGGACAGCCAUCCAUCCAUCCAUCCAGGCAGGCAGGCAAAAAGACCGUCAUUUACUCACUAUACACACACUAAGCAUUCCUACCCUCAUCAUCAGCCAGCCAGUUUUCCCCACCUCAGUGCUCAUCUUGCUAAGCUGCUCUGUAUCUGCCCUCAGUGUCCAUUGGCGCCCCCUCCCUGUCCGCCUCGUCCGAUGCCGCGAUGAAGUCAUUGAGCAGCUCCAAAGUCUCGCGGGGCUUCUCGCUGUGCACCCAAUGACCUUAACACAGACAGGCACAACAACACACGGUGCUCUGACGGGUGGUCUGUGCCCGGUGGGUAGACACCUACCAACCUACCUGCGUCAGGGAUGACUUCGAGCAGUGCGUUUGGGAAGUGCUCGUAUAUGGCGGGGAGGUAGUGGUUCUCGAUGAAGCGCGACUCGCUGCCCUUGAUGAACAGCGACGGCUGAUGAUACGUCAGGGAGGCUGGGUACUCCCAUCCCGCCAGCUGAGGGUAACACCUGCCGUCAGGCACACAAAUCCCACGCACAAUGAGACAAAUACGCAUAGAUGGCGGCAGAUCGGCUCACCCACCGCAUGAUAGCGCCCACGUUCAUCUUCCAUCCCCAGGUGCCGUCACUUCUCUCAUGGGCACUCUGAAGCAGGAAUGCCCGCAGCCCCUCCGACAGCCACGGCGCCCUCUUCUGCAGCAGUGCAUCGGCCUCCUUCCGGUUGGUAAUGCCCUCCUGCGCCAGAUGGAUGGAGUGCACCAGCUCCACUACGUCGCGCGUCGAGUAGCCGUCACGGUUCUUGGGCGACUCCACCGACAGAUAGUCCACCUGCACAGACGGGACGUACACGCAUUCGCACAUGGAUGCCUGACGUGUUCCCUCUGUCUAUCUGUCCGCCAGCCGCUCACCGGCGCCAUGUCGAUGCAUCCCAUCUUCCUGACCCUGUCCGGGUGCAUCAGUGCCGUCGCCAUGGCCACCUUGCCGCCCAGUGAGUGACCCACGAGCACCCACUCUUCAAUCCCGAUCUCGUCCAUGAGGUGCAGCGUGUCGGCCACCAUCGCCUCGAUGCUCAUGUCGUCGUGGUGCGGUGAGCUGCCAUGGUUUCUCAGGUCAGCCACGAUGCAGCGCGGCGCGUGGAUGGCCUUGGCGAAUGAGUUGAAGUUGAGCUUGGAUCCGAAGAGGCCGUGCAGCAGCAU